AUGCAAGUAGCAACUGGUUUUCUUUUCAAUUGUAUGUUUUUAAUUUUCGGAGUUUCAUCAACAAAUUAUAAUCAAGUAAAACUUCCGAAAAAUGAUUUCCAAUAUAUUAUUAAUAAUUUACAAAUUAAAUAUAAAAUGAAUUAUGAAGAUGCGAAAAGGUGUGUUACAGAAUUAGAACAUUUUUAUACUGGUAUUAAAUAUAAAAUUAUUGAUAAUAUGUUAGAUCAUCCAUCAACAGCAAUUAAAAAUGCAUGGGAAUCACAUAUUAUUUAUACAUCAAUGUAUUUUAAUUUUACUCAUUCAACAUUUGGUACAUAUGUUCAUUAUCAACCGAUAGAACACGAUAAAGGACAAUUAAAUAUAUACAACAAACUCAAAACAUUUGGAAUAAAUAAUAUGAAUGAAACAAUUUGGCUAUUGAAAACCUUACAACAACAAGAACAUUAUUCAUCACUGGCAACGUGGAAUACUUAUUACAUGGAAUCAAGCACUUCUUUAUCAAAUUUUAAUCAAAAGGAAAAUAGAUUUCUGAAAAAUUUUAUAGACGAAUAUAAACCAUCAUUUCAUGACUUUCAAAUAUUAGAUAUUGCUAUGGGACAAGGACGAAAUUCAAUUUGGCUUGCACAAAAAGGUUACAAUGUAACAGGAUUUGAUUCAUCUAUUGAAGGUGUACAAAUAGCUAAAAAACAGGCAAAACAUUUCAAUCUAACUACAUUACAAGCGUAUGUAACAACAAUCGAAGAGUUUCAUUUUGACGUUGAACAAUGGGAUUUAAUUAUAUGUAUGUAUUUUCCAAUAAUAAAUCAAACUAAUUACUUAAGAAGAAUAGAGCAAUCAUUAAAAUAUAAAGGUUUAUUAAUAGUUGAAGUUUUUCAUUGGGAUAGUUUAAAUGGUGACUAUAUAAUUCCACUCGAUAUUACCUAUAGAACAAAUUCUAUACCAUUAUUAUUUCCAAAUUUAACAACUCUUAUAUACGAAGAACCAACUGAUUAUAGUGACUUUGGAAAUAAGCUAACAAAAAUUAUUCGAUAUGUUGGACAAAAGCAACCACCAUUUCAAUUGAAGCAUACAUCAAUACGUGAAUUAGAUUUGAAAUGCGUUAAAUAUACUAAUAAACAAUAUGCAGUAUUCAUUCGUUCACCACUUGGCAUGCAAUGUGAAGUACUUUAUAUUCAUGUUCAAAAUCGUACAUGUAUAGUUGAUCUUGUUCAAACAAUGGGCAAUCUUCGAUUGUUUACUACAAUAACUAUUAAAUUAAAACAAACAUAUUCAUUGGCAAAUUAUCUUUGGCCAUGUUUAUCAGUAUCUGGUUCUCUUAUCGAUACACUCGAUUGUCUAGUAGGUUGUGACUCUAUUACAACAAGUAUUUAUGUAAAAGGUACUUGUAUUAAUUAUGAUUUUGGCUUAAAUGUAACUAUCUCUCAAAGUAUACAAUCAAUAACAUAUCCAUUAGCAACAUAUAUUAAUUUAGCAGUACGUAGUGAUAAUGGACAAAUUAAUUCAUCAUCAAUCACAAGCAUGUCUCCAUUAAUCACUGUACCUAUUAAUACGCAUCAAAUAUUUCGUAUACGAAUGACAGGUAUUGAUAAUGAUAUUAUUAAAUGUCGAUGGGCAAAUAGUACAUCUAUAGUAGCUUCUAUACCUAUCGAUGAAUGUGGUGGUAUUUGUCAAAAUAUACAUAGUACUCAACUCUAUUCAUCAUCAAAUAUUGAUAAUAAUUGUACACUUAUAUUUAAUACAAGUAUCACUGGUUAUUAUGUUAUAGCUAUACAAAUAAAAGAUUUUAUGCCAUCUGAUCCUAAUGGUACAGCAUUAAGUUCUAUUCCAUUACAAUUUCUUGUACAUAGUAUACAACUUUCAUGUAAUUUACCAAUUAUUGUUGGUGAUCUAAUCAAUAGUUCUACCCUAUAUGUACAAGCUAAUGUUACAUUUUCUACAGCAAUUAUUGCACAAACAGGUUAA